GACUCUGAACGCAGCACAGUUGGUCUACUACCGCCCCUACGUCACUUCCGUUACACUACCAUCUCCGAGAGUUUUGUCCAAGAUGGCGUCAACGCAGUUAACGGAUGAGGAGCUUUUCUCCGAAUUAAAGCGAUUUGGUUUCACCCCAGGCCCGGUUACCGAAAACACUCGCCCGGUGUAUUUGAAGAAACUGAAGAAGCUUCGCGAGGAGCAACAGCAUCGGGGCUCAAGGCCGGGUAAAACCCGUAGCAGCGGGGCCAUCAACAGCACCACUGGCGGAGGCAACACGGCGGGAUCCAGGCCAGCCAGCCAUGACGUCACGCACCUGAGCUCUAGCAGGAGACCGGGCAGGAAGUCCUCCGUCCUCGGCUUCAGCUCCGACGAAUCUGACGCCGAAACUCCACUGAAAAGAAAAGGCCUCAACCAUAGCAGCAAGGUGGACCGAAGCCCCGGUUUCCCACAGCAGCCCAAGAUAAGGCCCGUUACAACGCCGAGAGCGGCUAGCAAGACUCAGUAUGGCGCUACGGGUGCGCUGAAUAGCAACAAUUCUUCCCCGGGUCCGGGCGGACACAGAAGUGUCUCGUUGGGCUGGGGAGUUCGUGCCAGAUCCAGCCCCGAGGCGGAAGGGAGGGAUUACGACGACUCGGGGGACGAGGACGACUAUGAGGGGGGAAUGGAGAAGAACUCUCGCUCUUUAAAUGGCUGCGGGGCGUCUCAUUUAAACGCUAGCAAGCUAGCUGGGGAUUACUCAGACUCUGACGAGGAGGAGGUGGCGGGCCUAAGUGCCGGAGACCCACAGCGGGAUAGGUUGGAGCCCAGGCGGAGCCACCCGAGAGCGGGGUUUCCUUCCCACGGAGCGGGCCGAGGGUCUCAGACGGGAGGGGCAGCCAGACAGGUUAACACGCCGGAUAGUCUAAAUAUGGUGGGGAGCCGGGAGGAGGGGGAAGAAGACGAGGUAAAGAGACGGGACCUGGAUCCGUCGGGAGCCUUGCGCAGCCACAUCUUUCCCAGGAAAUCCAUCUACGUGUCCCUCGCCGAGAACCACGGAGGAGAGGCCGGCAGAAACAACCACGUCGACGGCGAGGAUGGAGCCUCCAGAAGCGGCGGCGGCGGCAGUAGGUUCGCCAUCGGGCUGAGACCGCGCUUCUCCAACUACAGCAGCCUGUCCCAGACCUACAGGAGCAACCACUCCAACCACGCCGCUCCCAACCACUCGUACAGCCAGGCGGUGCUGAAGCAGAAGCUGUCCGUCCCGGAGGACGAGCUGCUCCAGCAGUUCAAGAGGGAGGAGGUGGCCUCCUCUGGUAGCUUCAGCGCUCACUACCUGUCCAUGUUCCUGCUCACGGCGGCCUGCCUCUUCUUUCUGCUGCUGGGCCUCGUGUACCUCAGGAUGAGGGGCUCUGGAGCCUCGGAGGUGGAUGGAGCCAUUAAGAGCCAUCCUUUUGGCAGCGACUUUGACUCUUACGACAAGGCGACGAAGGACCUGAUCCUAAAGCUGCUGCUCAAUCUUCAUGACCACCUGGCCAAUGUCGCAGGCCAGCAUGACUGUGGAGACCAGCAGCAUCCCAACAGGAGUCUGUCUAUGAAAGAGGCCUCUGCAUAUCUACUGGCUCAGAAUCAGGAGUUUAAUGGCUUUAUUGAAACCUCUCUGGAGUGGAUCAUCCGGACAGGCCAGGAUGUUGGGAUAAGGCUGAUUGGGCAGAUAGCUGACGAUCCACUGACCGAUGUGUCCGAGAUCUCUCGGCUGGAGUCCACGCAUCCCAAGAUGCCCUUUGCAUGCCGCUUCCGCCGAGCCUUCCUCACCGUCAUCAGCAGAGUCUUCCUCAUUGCAGCUGUGGCGGGCUGUGUGUGGAGCGUGGUCUGCUACAUGAAGUAUCGCUGGAGGAGAGAGGAGGAGGAGACCAGGCAGAUGUACGACAUGGUGGAGAGGAUCAUCGAUGUGUUGAGGAGCCACAGCGAGGCGUGCCAGGAGAACCAGGACCUGCAACCCUACCUGCCCAUCCCUCACGUCAGAGACUCCCUGGUUCAGCCUCAGGACCGGAAGAAGAUGAAGAAAGUCUGGGAGCGGGCCGAGAGAUUCCUUGCAGCCAACGAGUCCCGGAUUCGAAAAGAGAAUCAGAGGAUCGGUGGAGCGGACUUCCUGGUCUGGAGGUGGAUCCAGCCUUCGCUCAGUUGUGACAAGUCCCCCUUGAUGCCCUCCAAAGUGUGGCAGGGAAAAGCCUUCCCUCUGGACCGGAGGAACUCUCCUCCUAACAGCCUGACUCCCUGUCUGAAGAUCAGAAACAUGUUUGACCCAGUCAUGGAGGUCGGGGAGAACUGGGACCUGGCCAUCCACGAGGCCAUCCUGGAGAAGUGCAACGACAACGACGGCAUCGUCCACAUUGCCGUCGACAAGAACUCGCGAGAGGGCUGUGUCUAUGUCAAGUGCCUCUCUGCAGAACACUCAGGGAGAGCCUUCAAGGCCCUUCACGGCUCCUGGUUUGAUGGUAAGCUGGUGACCGUGAAGUAUCUGCGUCUGGACCGGUACCACCAGCGCUUCCCGCAGGCCCAGGGCUGCAGCACGCCCCUGAGGGCCUCCAGCCUCCACGCCAGCGCCCUGGGCCCCACGAACACUACGGCCCCCCGCCCCCAGCACCGCGGCUCCAACAACUCUUCAGGCUUCUCGUGAGGUCGGCGAUGUCUUUUUGGAUCCCUCCUCCAUGCCCUCCCAGCAUGGCAGCACCGGUCUGCUGCUGCUGCUCCUUCACUGCUACACAACGGGGAAGACGUCUGUGUCUCGGGAGAGAGCCUUUUCUUUUUGUUUUCUUUGUUGUUUUCUUUGGUUGAUGUUUUUUCCCAACACGGGAUCGCAAGAGAAGCUGUUCAGCUGUUUGUUUUCAAUAAUCUUUGUAUUAAAAUGUCACGGACUGAAACAGGGAAGCAAAAGUUCUUCUGGGAUAUUUAAGAGGCGUGCAGAGACUCCGACCCCUCCCUCCUUCUCUUCCACAGUCCGACUGUUACCGUGACGGAGCUCAUUUGGCGCCGCGUGGAAACGGGCUGCAUGUAUCAAGAGUAUGUAAGCUUUCAAUACAACACAGCGCGGGUGUUGAUUUCCACGAAGAUGUUCGAUGUGCUCCCUGUUGUUGUUAUUAUUAUUCUGAUUAUUAUUAUUUAGUCGAGAGAGGAAGGCGUGGACGGGCUUGUAGAGGGUGUGCUGUAAAUACAUGUGAAUGGUGGCACAAGCUUUAUGACAUCGUCCGUAUUAAAAGCAAAAUCAUAAGCUCACUCCUUUUUUGUAUUUUUCUUGCUGCUCAGUUACCACGGCAGAGGACAUGUACGUCCAGAGGCUCCCGACAGCCCCAGGAACAGUUGACCGAGCCUCUGUCCGUCGUGUUUCCCAUGUAUCUCAUGCACGGCCUUUUCUUUCCCCUUUGUCUUCUGAAUUUUGUUAAUCCAGCAGCGCUCCCAAACUCUCCCCCUCUGAGCGAUUAUAUACCAGAAUCAGGGAGCCCACCAUCCACCUGAAGCUUUCUCCUCCAGUUAUAAUCCAAUAUAUUCCCAAAAUGAUUAUUUCUUAUUAUGUUUUAUUAUUUACCUCCUUCAGAGUCGGAGUCCGUUUUCUUUGUCGGCGCAUCCCCUCGUUGUAUUUCCAACCCUGCUCUGAUAAUAAUGCUGUGUAUUUGUCCUCUGUGUACAUGAGCAGCAGACCAGAGGGAGCACACACACACUUCAGGGUGUUUCAUGAUCCAGUUUACAAGCUGAAUGUGUGCGGUCAUGAUGGAACCCGAUGCUGUCACUGCUGGUCUCUGAUCAUAUAAGCCUCUCGCUAAGACGCUACCACUCUUACGUUUGCCAUAAGGAGUACUGUGAGGACGUAGACAGUUUUUAAAUUCUCAAUCCCGAAUGCUCCAACCCGUUAGGAGACUGUACUGAAUUUAAGGAUUCCUGAUUGCUCGUGUGUUUUUUACAGCACCUGUGUGUGUGUGUGUGUGUGUGCGUGCGUGCGUGUGUGUGUAUUCAGAAAAAAAACGCUAAAAAUCCAGGUGCCCGGCAGACGUGAUAACAUUUUUUUAAUGCAGUGAAUUGAAAGUUGGAUUCAGUAUUUGCAGUGUGUGAAAUUGUACAAGUGAUGCACAUUUCAAAAUGUUCAAAACCUGCUGCGACGGUUUUGCAGCAAGCAACCCAACUGUGCCUUAAAUUUGUGCUUUUUUUUUUUUUUAAAGACUGGCACCGCAUCACUGGAGAAUGUGCUGGAUUUAAGAAAGGUUUAAAGGGUGAGUAAGGCCUGCCAUAGGUGUAGUUUUGGUAGAGUUUGACAUCUUCAGAUUUGGUAUUUUGUAGCAGUUUCCUUUGAUAUUAAACCAAAUGCUUCUCUCUAUUUAUUAUUAUUAUUUUUUUUAAAUCAGCUGUGGUGAUGUACUAUUUUAAUGUCACUGUCCUGUUACAUAUGUGUCAUAACUUUUUUCUUUUAUCGAGGAUCGACCUUACAUCCGCUUCCAAAACAAUUGUCAGGAUGUGUACAAUGACAAAAUAAAGUGAACACUUUAAGCCAGUUGAUGGUGCAUCACUGCAAUCUAUUUUUGUACGCCUCUGGCAGGAACGGUGCACCCACAGUGUCUCAGCCCACACUGACUGUAACCAGGCUGAGUGGAAAUGUUGGUUGGAUGUGAUGGCACUUCUCCAGCCCUGUGCUUCACCUUUACAUGCAUCUGAGCAGAUGCAUUAUUUUCCCUCUGAUGUAUUCUAAUGUAAACACUGUACAUUGAUAUAACUGUAAUAUGUACCAUUAUAUGCAGCUUUAUUUCCCUUGCGUUGUAUGUUUGGAGCUACCAGUAUCCCCAACCUGCUAGCUAGAGGGGGGAGAUGUACAAUACUACAGACAUUUAAGAACAUACAGACGUUUUAAUGUAAUUUGUCAAUUGUACAAACGGCUCAAAUUAAAGGUUUAUUAGGAGUUUUUAAAUUGUGCUUGUUGUGCUGUUCUGUAUGGCUGCCAGUUUCUAUAUAUAUAUAAUUAUAAUGUGGAAGCCCAAAUCUGCCAAUGUGAUGAAAA